UCAGAUUUGCGGGGGGAGCAUGGGAACCAAUUGCACGCCCUGACUUAAGGAAAGCUGUAGACCACAGUAGGCUAGUACAAACUAAUCUCCAAUGAAGAGAAACCGUAUGUCAGCCUCAGCUAUGCUGUGUGUGUAGUCUGUUGCUCUGACCAAAAGAUAUAGUGCAAUAAAAACCGUGCGUAAUUAAUUUUCAGAGUCAUCCUUAAACGGCGCUUGAUUGUGUUUCAGUUCCCAUGAUAUGAUUAUAUCAUGGGAAGUAAGUUAUGAGAAUCACUAGAAUGAUAUGGGAGCAUUUCCACUAAGAUGCCGGUAUCUGCGCUGUAUACUGGGCUGAUUGGAAAUUUCAGUGGAAGUAUUAGUGGGGAAAACGCUUCCUGUAACUGCGUAUCGCACAGAUAAAUGGAGUAAACGGAAAGGAGGGUGGCGCAGAAAACUUCACACGGCGUUCAAGUGAUGGUCAGUCAACUCAAGUGGACUUACCGCUUCACCUUCCGCCAGUAAUGCGUCUCAUUAUUAUCACAGACACGGCGGAGUAACCCACAAGGGACAGGUCACCGCGUCUGCGAGACAGAAUAAAAAGUGAGCUUCACUUCAGGGCGACUGAUCUGCUGCUUCAGCGAGGACGCACACGGGACUCCACGAGCACCGGAUCCUUCAGCUGUUUGUCCACUCGCUCCCUACAGUCGGCCGGUGUUCAGAGGAUGGCCACAGAUGCUCAGCGAAUACUCAUAUGACUGCUUUGGUUUCUCCUACAUAAGAUCAGACUUUAAGGGGACAUAUUUCGGACUGGACAGAAGUAGGAACCUAAACUACAGUUCUUUAUUUCCAUUUUCAUCGUUGUCGUACGCGGGAAACGUAAUUAUACAGUUUGGAAAAGGCUAUAUAGACUUGAAGGUGUCCGCUUAAACUUUUCCCCCCCAGAGGCGUUGGAGAAGGAGUUCACUUUUUUUUUCUCACUCCACGAGAGCUAUGAGCGGACUGCGCAAGCACUUCAGUAUGGGACUGGUGCUACUGAUGUGCACGCUGACGGGCCACUGCAGCGAGAGCGCGCCCUCGGCGGCCCCGGCGGCGGCGGCUGCGGCCGGCAGCGACGCGCAGCAGGACUUGAGGCGGAUGGUAGAGAUCGUGAAGCACGUGGAGGAGAGCCGGGGUCGCCACGGCGCGAAAACAGAACGGGAGAGGAGCUCUCCGGUGGAACCACGGGAUUUACGCAACGUGAAAACAGACAGAGGGGAGCAGGUCGUCGUCGUAUUCCCCAGAGAUCUCAGAAAUAAGCAGAAAUUCCUAAAACAUAUAACAGGUCCACUCUACUUCAGUCCCAAGUGCAGGAAGCAUGUGUACAAACUCUACCACCACACCAGAGACUGCACAAUACCUGCAUACUUCAAAAGAUGUGCGCGGCUUCUCACGCGACUAGCUGGCAGCCCGCAGUGCACGGAGGGGUAGCACAAGCAAGGUUGAAACCAAACACAAGUUCUCCAGAAGAAAAAAAAACUUGGGAAAGAAAUGCCUUGGACAGUAAGAGGGAAGCCUAAAAUACUCUGACCAGCCCCGACUGAUAUUAGGCACAGUAGUGCCCUUCAGUGAGGUCUGUUCUGUUAGGGCGUGGAUUACUGCCACCCACCGCUCUGGCUGGGCCUCGAUGGUUUGCUGUCACUACGAGGGAGCAACAAAACCAGACCACGAUAAAGAUGGUGAAACUGAAGAGUGGAGAAGAAAAAACAAACAAGUGGCUGAGAGAAACAAACAUGGGGCAUUUUUUUCCCCCUGCUGGCAUCCAAAAAGAUGUUGCUUAAACAAAACAAAAAAAAGGGAUUGCAUAUUUUUAUUUUGUUCAUUUCUUUAAGAGAAGAGCAAAAUCCAAAUGUACUGUUUUUAGCAUGACUUGCUUUCUGCGAUUGGUUUGCUCUGUAUGAGUGUUUUGGGUUGAGCCCAUCCCUUUCUACUGCACUACCCAUUACGCAGACAAAGCUCUCACCGACCCCCUGGCUGGCAGUAACAGCAUAGUUUCACCCACUUGUGCUCACACUGACAAAGAACUGUGGUUAAAUUAUUAAUUGCAUGAACAUUUCUCAGCGUCUUCGCAAGACAUGGUAAAAAUGAAGUGGCGGUUGUAAGUCACAGCCCUCCUGUGGAUCUUGAUAAGGCGUGGCACAGUCUAUAUUUAUAUAUUUGAAUUGUCACAAGGUUCCACUGAACAUACUCCAUAUGCCAUGACCACAUAAAACAAGACAAAUAUGUACAUACUGUAAAGCAAAGCAUAAGAGGAUUCCACCCAUCUACCAUCAAAUGGCUGUUAAAUACAUAUAUAUAUGUAUGUAUAUAUAUAAAAAUGAAAUAUAUUUAAAUAAAUUAUAAGAUUGG